AUGCGCCCACGGCCUGUUUCUUCUACUCGACUAGCAGUUUCCUUCAUUACUGCAUUGAUUGUAGCUAAUGUUUCUGGUCCACAAUACAUAUACCCGGCAUUUGGCGCUUCUCUCACCACUCGCUUUGGCUGGUCGGCCUUGGAGAACAGUUUAGUCAGCACAGCGCCUUUUGUAGGCGUAUCAUUCUCUGGCCCUCUCUGCGCUUUUAUGAUCGAAAGACUCGGCAAGAGAAAGACCAUGUUGAUUUCUGCCUUUCUCUGUUUCUCGGGCUCUUUCUUGCUGGCUCAGUCAUACAUCGGCAGACUUUCUCAUAAUGUCAUUCUUUGCGCAUUCUACCUUAUCUGCACUGGUAUUGGCGGUUCAGCCUCUUAUCUUUGUGCACUUGACUCACAGGCGCAAAACUUCAAAUCCCAUCGAGGAAUGAGCAUGGGUUUGACCAGUGCAUCGGUCGGCCUGUGCGGUCUUGUGUUCUCCCAGAUAAACGACUUCUUUUUUAUCAACAAGGAGAACCCUAAUGAUAAUCGAAUCUAUGGAUUUUUGAUAUUCAUGGCCAUCACAAUGGCAAGUGGAAUGAUCCUUGGAUCCUUCUUCUUAGUAGUUCAAGAUCAAGAAGAAGAUGAAGUCGACGAUGUGAAACCAAAGAACAAUCAUAGCAAUGAUAUCAGCCGUGUCGUCAUUCAAUCAGAAACUUCUCCACUUCUUCAGACUAAAAGUACCAGUUUGUCUGGUCUCAAGUUCUUUUUGCAUCCGGCAGGAUUUGCACUAUUCUUUACCAUGUUUAUUGUACUUGGUUUUGGCUAUGUUUACCUGGCUGGAAUUGGACAGAUGCUCAUGUCUCUUUCUCAAGAUCCCACUGUCGGGUCCCAGCAUCUCCGGAACAUCCACGUCUCGAUCUUCAGUAUUGGCAAUUGUGUUUCCCGUGCACUAUUUGGGACCCUGAGCGACUUUCUCAAGCGCCGCUUCCACAUUCACCGUCUCUGGAUUUUCUGGAGUGCCUCAUUAGCAUUCCUUCUAACAACAAACUUCUUGGUCAGAUCAGUCGACAGCGCAGACGACUUGUUGUUCGGUACAAUUAUGAUGGCUAUUGUCUAUGGUGCCGUAUUUGGUGUUGCUCCGGCAAGCACAGCAGAGUUUGGAACUCAGGUCUUUGUGCGCAACUGGGGUUGGCUUCUGUACUCACCUGCCUUUGGAAGCCAGAUAUUCAACAUCCUCUUUGGCAUUUUGUACGAUGCCCAGGCCAAACGUCAGGGAGCGCAGUUUUGCAAGGGCGCGGUCUGUUUCCAGAACACUUUCUUGAUUGGAAACGUUCUUGGCGUCGCAUGUCUAUUUGUUCUUGGGUGGGCUAUUGCAAACCAGAGAUCAAAGAAAUAUCUUUCUGUCUCUACAUCUACUUAA